AUGUCGACUCCAGCGGGCACCACCACCCCAGCAGGCCAGAGCCAGCCGGUCACUCGGUGCGCCAAUCCGAACUGCGAGACACCAAGCGCUCCUAAGGCGCACUGGAGUGUGCACAAGUCCGCCUGCAAGCCACUCGACACCAAAGACGGUCAAAGCGAGUCUGGACAUCCUAUCGGUGCCUUCGUGUUCCAGGGAAGCGGUACGACCAUAGACUACUUUGGCAGCGGCUUCGAGAUGGUCAUUAUCACCAUCAACAUCUUCACACUCGUCCGCGCGGGCCGUCGCUACUUCUGCAUCGAGACCAACCGCACCAAAGACUCCACCGGCCUGAUCACGACCCAUCGCUGGAUCAACGAGCAGCAGUAUCUCGAUGAGCACGCUACGCUGUAG